UUCAUAUAUAUAUAUUUGUGACAGAUCAACAAACCAAUCAGAUCUCUACAGCAAAAUCAUAUAUAUUUUUUUAACCAUAAUGUAUUUUUUCCAACCGUCUGUAGAGGUAUAGAUUGAGACUACAGAUGUGGAUAUAAAAAGUUUAAGAGUCUAAAGCAUCAUCAUUCUACAUCAAUGUAAACCAAUUAGCCAUCAUGGGAAUUACCAUCUGAUGUAACUAUUUUAGAGGUGCAGAUGAAUGAAACUUACAAUAAGGCCAGUAGAGCAUGGAACAUAUAUACAUUUUAUGGUUGAACACAACAACCCCAAACCAACCAGGGGUUAGACAGAAAGAUAGUGAAAAACCUCAGCCUUCAGGUACAGUAGGUGCUUUCACACCUUUAAGGCUAACACGGAGAGAACAAGAGUACAAGCUUCUUCCCCCGGGGAAGCUGGGCUGAUUAACUGUGUUAAAUAAGAAAAUCACUUGCUUCCAAGUUCCAAGUCAAUCAUAGAUGAUGCUGUGUACUGUAUGUCAAAGCUGACUGGUUUGCGAGAAAGCAAUUUUCUUCCCAUGAUGUCACCACCAUCAGAAGGGCAGGGCAUAAGUUCUCUAAAGCCAUAGAAGAGGAAGAGAGAGAGAGAGACAGAGACAGAGACAGAGUGAGAGAGAAAGAAGAAGAAGAAGAAGAGAGAAGAAGUGGGUGGAAAGUGCUGAUAGCUUUUUUUUAAAAGGAGGUGCUAUACUUUAUCAGACACUUGUUCACUCUUUAACCAUUGAGACUCACACAUACUGUAUAGAAGGGACCAUGCACAAGAACCAAAGGGGCGCGUACCCUCCAGUGUACACAGUUGAUGUCUCGGGAGGCUUUCCCCACCACAAUCAUGCAGCAGGCACUGGACCUCCCCUGGUCCCCUGCUGGACAUUACCUCCUGCCCGAGCCUCGGCCAAGAGAAGAGGCUGUGGAGGAAUGGGAUCUGCAGGAUGUCUCCUGAUUAUGGUCCUCCUGACGGUGUUUGCUGCACUGGGACUUGGAGCCUAUCAGAUCACGAAGUUGCAGACAGAGCUUCUAAGUCUGAGACAGGAAAUCCAACCACAGAGUCACAGCAGUACACCACAGAGGCUAGUUGGGCAUGAAACUGAAGUUGAUAUGAAGCCCAAGCAAGCACCUGCUGCACAUCUGACGGGAAAAACUCAGGACAGUAAAUCCAAGACCCUGAAGUGGGAGUCCAGGCACGGCCGUGCUUUCACAUAUGGCAUUUUGUACCGUGAUGGUGGUUUACAGGUGAAUGACACAGGCCUCUACUUUGUCUACUCACACGUGGAGUUCGUAUCCAGUGUCUGCAAAGCAAAGGACUCCCUGACCCACGUUGUGUACAUAAAGAGAGGCGAACAGCGGCUAAAACUCAUGAGUGAUCAUCGAGAAGGCUUCUGCCAAGUCGGUAGCAAAGAAAUGUGGACAGAUGGAAGUAACCUUGGCUCCAUGCAUCAGCUCAGGCAGCAUGACUGGGUGUUUGUCAACGUAUCCGAACCAACUCGGCUCACUUCUGACUUCAACAGCAAUUACUUCGGCCUUUUUAAACUCCCAUAAACGCCUCAAAUAUUUAGCAGGCCAGUGUUCGGAGGAAAUUGGAAAAGUGCAUUCAAAAUUCCAAGUUGGAAGUAUCUGGAAUCAUCUAAAGAUGUUUAGCUCUUCUCUAUUUAAACUAUAUGCCAUUUUUUAUUGUUUUCCGAACACUAACAUGCUCCUGUAUGGAGUGAAGUUGCAGUAGUGUUAUUUAUUUACAGAUAUUUCUAUGUAUGUGUGCAUGUCUGGAGGUGGUCUAAAUUCUAUAGCCAUAUAAAUGAUGGUCAUAUUGACCAUAAAUGUUUUAAUAAUAUGCUAUUUACAGUGAAAUAUAUAUAUUUUUUCUUGUUCAGAAAGCCUUUGUUUAAUAAAUAAAUGAUUUUAUAUUGAA